GGGCUGGAGGGGUCCUCGUUGGAUGGCAGUGAUGGUGGGGGUGGAGCCGCCUCGGGGGGUGGUUUUUUCAGUGGAGACUACUUCAGUUCAAAUGCCGAGGGAAAGGGUCACUACUUGCCUGGUUGUAUUAUUAUCGGCGUCAGGAAAUGUGGAACGCGAGCUUUAAUCGACAUGCUCAAUCUUCAUCCUCAGGUGGAAAAGUCUCCACUUGAGAUCCACUUUUUCGAUCGGGAUGAAAACUACAUCAAGGGAUUAGAAUGGUACGCGUCUCAAAUGCCUGAAACUUUCUCUGGUCAAAUUGCCAUCGAAAAGUCGCCGAGCUACUUUGUCACUCCUGAAGUUCCUGAACGUAUUUACGAGAUGAAUUCUUCCAUCAAGCUUCUACUUAUUGUUCGAGAACCUAUAACUCGUGUCAUUUCGGAUUAUACGCAAAUCUAUCUCCAACAGUCCCCGUCUCCUGGAGCAAAUGCCCCCUCGAACACGACAACGAUCACUGCCGCCGCCGCAAACUCUUUCCUGCAACAACAACAGCCUUCCUUGGAGGAACUCGUUCUCACCCCGUCUGGACAUGUCAAUACAAACUACAAAGCCAUUCGAAUUUCCAUGUACUCCAGGUAUAUGCAAAGAUGGCUAGAUGUCUUUCCAAAAGAACAAAUUCACGUGAUCGAUGGCGAUGCAUUGAUUCGGGACCCUUAUAACGUUUUGCGAGAUGUAGAAAGGUUUCUGGGGCUUGAGCACAAAUUGGAGAGGGAUUAUUUUUACUUCAACAACACAAAGGGAUUUUAUUGCUGGCGAAGUCUGAAUAAAUUAAUUCAUUGUCUCAAUGACAGCAAAGGGAGAAGGCACCCCGUGGUAAAAGUUGGACUUAUCCGCACUCUUAGACAGUUCUACAGAAAGGUCAACUAUGAAUUUUAUGAAAUGGUUGGAAGGGACUUUGGUUGGCCGGAAAACUAGGCUGGAUGUAUUUUAAGAAUUAAUUUAUUUUUUAGCAAGAUUUUAUCGUUAUAUUUUGUUAUAUGAAAAUAAGUAAGAUGCCCAAAGGUUGUCAUACGCGGUGUAUUUAUAUCAAGAAUAUUUUUUUGUUUUUACGUAAAAAUUACUAACUAGAAUGAAUCUGGAACCUUGUGGUGCUCCUCAGACAUUCAGAAAAGCCAUUUGUCUCGCAUUUAUUAGAAGUAUUACCAAUACGAGGUAUGUCGUGGUCAAUUUGGGCAAUCGUACGCCGAAAUUAUGACAUCUGAUUAUUAUUACAUAUAUUUUCCAAUCAAACAAACUUACUAAAAAAUACAGUAUUUCGUCACAUUUUAAAGACACUGCAAAUUCAAGACGCAACUAAACAUAUCAAUCAAUCAGCCAAGUGGUACUCAUUAUAACCAAUUAACGUUACUAAUUAAUUAUAUUAAAAACGAAACAUAUCAUGAAUCGUGCUUUAGCGUAUCUCUACGUGACUAAACCAUCAUACAUAUCCGAUCGACUUUUAUAAAUUUAAGGUAAAUAUUUAAGAAGAACAAUUGGCAGGGCUGAGUUUUACAUAAGUUACAGUCAGUCAGUGUAGUGAGUAAUAAAUAAAUAGUUUUGAUCAUACUUAAGAAUUACAAUUCAAGUACAACACACUUUAUAACUGUCAAAUGUGGUACAUACAGGUCAAAGAUUCUUUAAUGUUUUGGUACAUAUAUUUUGAGUAACUGCACAAAAAAUAAUACAAUUAAUAUAGCCAACAGUCAUUCAAUAAUGUAUUUAAUAACAUUUAACAUGUAAUACAAGAGUAAAUAUUAACGAAUUAUGUAAAAUGUAAAAGAGUUUCGAAUAUCGACCCAUCAUCAGAUCAACGUACUGCUUAAUUGUUGUAUGUAAAUAUGUGGUCUCAAUUUUUGCAAUAUUAUUUCAGAUUUAAAUCUACAAAUUAUCGCAAAUCUUUCCAUCAGUCAUUUACUAGUUUCUCUGUAGUAAUUAAAGUAGUAAACAUGUACUAGAAAUUGCACUCUUCUGGUAUAAGAAAUAUGUAUGUACACUGUUUCCACUUGAUAAGAUUUUACUAUCUAACUGAUCUCACCAUUGUGUAUUAUGCUUAAUUCUGCAAAAGACGAUCCAGCAAACACAAGAUUGGUUUCAAUAUUAUUAGCAUAGAAAUCAAGGUUUAAAAUAAAUGACAUUUCGAUCAAUGCAAACAAA